UGACGGUUGGCGGCGCGGUAUUUGUCCCAAUGGCGGAAACUGAAAUUGAGGGUGAAUUGCAAGUCUUCGGGCUUACCGUUGAUGACAGACUUGUUGUUGAGAAACUUAAUAUUUUAAAGGAUAAAUGGGGCUUGAACCCUGUUACGCUUGCUGAGAAGUAUGUAGCAUUUCAAAGAAAUUCUGAUCUUCCCGAUCGCAUUUCACAAAAGAAUGUUGAACUGUUUGAUAGAGAGACUUCAGCUAAGCUUGACGCUGUUAAAAGCAGAACUCCAAAAGCCCAUGUUAACAGGUCUACUAAAAGUUUGUUGACGAAAAACAUGGUUCAAGAACUGUAUGUCUUUGUUUCUGCCACUUAUUUUUCACAGGAUGGCAGCAGAAGUCUGUGUUGAUCAGCGCGAUCUUCUAAGUUCUUACGGAGUCUCGAACUGUUUGCCCGUUAUUACUCCAAAGCGUGUAAUCACUCCAUCUAACAAAGAAAAUGAACCAGAAGUUGUGUCUCAUGCAAACCAAAUCAUAGCUUCAUACCCUACAGAUACAACCGACCUACGUGGUGUUGAAUUGUGUUCGGUUGCGUGGGUUCCAGUUUUACUGUCCACAGGAGCUGAUAGUAGCCGAUAUAUGAAUCAACACGCUCUCGAAAAUGCUGAGAUUCUUGACAAUUGGACAUGGGAAAUCGUCAAACGUGUUUUAAGUUCAUUACCUGAGGAGUUAAUUACUGAAAGUGAUCAAAACACUCUACAAUCAUCCCAAUCUACAAAUCGUGAUUCACUUCAGUCACUGAUAUAUAAAAGUGAUGCUUCACAAUUGUCAAAAACUGAAACUACAGUAUUAGAGCGUACUAUGGUGUUACGACCGGUUUUUUCACGUGUUCAGGCCCCAUCUUUAAUUUCGGGUAGAGUUUCAGUCAAAAUGACAGCUGCUAACAAGGAAUCUAUUGAGUUUUCCCAGAGUGAUGCGAAUCAAAAGCCUGCAACUAAGACUAAAACACGUUUACAAUUAUCAAAUAUUGGACUGAUUGGACUUCGUCGAGUUGAACGAUCAGGGUUUGAAACAGAUGCUGUACAUUUAGAUUUAGGAUUUUCAAAAGAUCUGUCUUGUUAUUCUGUUUACUCAGGUCAGCCACUUUUGAUUCGUGGUGUUAAUCCUACUGGUCAAUCACUGGGUGCAAUGGAAAUUUAUCAGAUACCUGUAUUGAAACCACCGAAUAUUAAUCCGGAUAACUGCUUGGGUAAUUUACACGUUAUGAUCGCUUGUGGUCCGUAUACACUCUCCAACACGCAUGAUCCUACAGGUCUUUUUAAUUUAUUACGCUGUGUUAAACAGUCUAAGCCUAAUGUUCUAAUCCUACUUGGACCAUUUGUUGAUUCAGAACAUCCUAGUAUCCAGUCUUAUUCUGAGACAACAUACGAAGAAUUAUUUCAAUCACGAGUGAAUAGUAUUAGUGAAUGGUGUAAUCAUUUAUCUGUGAAGCUGAUAAUCGUGUCUUCAUGGAGAGAAUUACACCAUGAUCCAGUGUAUCCAACCCCACCGAUUGAUAAAUCAUGGACACAAAAAACACCUGAUCUGUUGUCAUCAUAUGAAAACGUGCUAUUCGCGCCUGACCCUUGUCUCAUUCAAAUUGGCGAUUAUGUUUUCGGUAUUACAUCUGUUGAUGUACUCAAAGAUCUAAGUAGUGAAGAAAUUAGCUCUGGUUGUUCUGGUAGUGAUAGAAUUACACGUUUAUGCCGUCAUAUUCUUGCCUCUGGAUCAUUUUAUCCAGUACAUCCACCUGAUGAUGAUUUACCACUGGAUUAUCCUUUAUGGAAUCAGUUUGCUCAAUUCUCAGUCACUCCGCAUUGUUUAAUUCUACCGUCAAAAUUGCGUCAAUUCGCAAAGAAUGUUGAAGGUAUCCUAUGCAUUAAUCCUGGUUAUGUGUCUAGAGGAGAAGCAUUUGGCAGUUAUGCUGAAAUGGUUGUUAAUAUGAAUGAAUUUACAAAUACAAAUGAAAAUAAUACUGACACCAACAACUCAUCAUCAUAUGUACCUAGUAGCAGCAGCAGCAGUAGUGAUCUGUCAUCCCAGGCUUCCGAUACCAGCAUAUGUGGUCGCACAUCUGUCUUGAUCAAGCGCAUUUAGAUUUUAUGUGGGAAAAUUCUUUUCUUAUUUGUUUGUUUAUUUAUCUAUUUUAUUAAACUUUUAUGCUCGUUUUCCUUUUUCCUUUUCUAAUUCAAUGUGUAUGGUAUAUGUCAGAUUGCCUUACUUUUAUAAUCAAUCUUUUUUUUUAAAAAUUUCACUGUAUUCUAACUGUGAAUAUAUAUUUUUGUAGGAAAUUGUUCAAAA